UCACACGUGACCAGGAUGGCGCGGAGGUGUCGGGGAAUCCCCGCUGUGCUGGUGCUGUGUGCGGCCGCCUGGAGCUGUGCCGCGGGGCUGGCGCUGGAGCUGGAGCGGGACCAGCCGUUCCGCGUGCCCCCCGGUUGGACCCACGCCGGCCGCGUGGACCCCGGACAGCCGGUGCAGCUGACCUUCGCCCUGCGGCAGCGUGGCACCGCCCGCCUUGCCCACCUCGUCGAGGCCGUCUCGGACCCCCGGUCCUCCCAAUACGGGCAGUACCUGUCCCUGGAGCAGGUGCGGGACUUGGUGCAGCCAUCCCCAGCCACGCUGAUGACAGUGCUGAAGUGGCUGCAAGACCAUGGAGUGGAGGACUGCCGGACUGUCACCACCCUCGACUUCCUGGAGUGUCACCUGCCUGCGAGCAUGGCUGAGCUCCUACUCCCUGGGGCCGAGUUCCACCGGUAUGUGCAGGGCCAGCGCAGCCUGGUGCGGUCCCCACUUCCCUACACUGUCCCCGCGGAGCUGGUGGAGCACCUGGACUUUGUGGGUGGGAUGCACCGGUUCCCCGUGGAGCGCACGGUCAGCAGAGCCAAGGCCAGGAAGGACGUGGGGUCGGCGAGAGCGUCGUUCCACCUGGGUGUGACGCCGGCCAUCCUGCGCCAGAGAUACAACAUGACAGGGGGGGACGUGGGGCUCCUGCCCAACAACAGCCAGGCCUGUGCACAGUUCCUGGAGCAGUACUUCCACCAGGCCGACCUGGCUGAGUUCAUGCAGCUCUUCGGCAGCAGCUUCGCCCACCGCACACAAGUGGACCGGGUGGUGGGGCACCAGGGCCAUGGCAAGGCCGGGCUGGAGGCCAGCCUGGAUGUGGAGUACAUCAUGAGCACGGGUGCCAAUGUCUCCACCUGGGUCUUUAGCAAUGCAGGAAGGCAUGAGAGCCAGGAGCCCUUCCUGGCCUGGCUGCUGCUGCUCAGCAACAUGUCAGCGGUGCCGUGGGUGCACUCGGUGAGCUACGGGGAUGACGAGGACAGCCUAUCCCUUGCCUACAUGGAGCGCGUCAACACCGAGUUCAUGAAGGCGGCGGCGCGCGGCCUCACUGUCCUGUUCGCCUCAGGUGACGACGGUGCCGGGUGCCGGCGGGUGCACAGUGGGAACCACACGUUCCGGCCCAGCUUCCCGGCCUCCAGCCCCUAUGUCACCACUGUGGGCGGUACAUCCUUCAAGAACCCCUUCCUGGUGACGGAGGAGGUGACAGAUUACAUCAGUGGGGGUGGCUUCAGCAACAUCUUCCCCAUGCCUGGGUACCAGGCUGCUGCCGUCGGGCGUUUCCUACACUCAGCCUCGAAGCUGCCGCCCAGCUCAUACUACAACAGCAGUGGCCGCGCGUACCCCGACCUGGCUGCACUCUCUGACAACUACUGGGUGGUGACAAACCGCAUCCCGCUGCCCUGGGUGUCGGGGACCUCGGCGUCCACACCGGUGGUGGCGGGCAUGGUGGCACUGAUCAACGACCGGCGGCUGCAGCGGGGGCUGGCGCCCCUCGGCUUCCUCAACCCCGCGCUGUACCAGUUGCAGGAGCGGGGCCUCGGUGCUGCCUUCUACGAUGUCACCCAGGGCUGCCACCUGUCUUGCCUGGACGGCACUGUGCAGGGCCAGGGCUUCUGCGCCGGCCCUGCCUGGGACCCCGUCACCGGCUGGGGCACCCCUAACUUCCCAAGCCUGCUGCGGGCGCUGCUGUUGCCCUGACCGGGACGCCCGGACACGGAGACUGGGACACUGGGACAGGACAGCGGGAUCGGGACACUGGCACUGGGACAGCGGGACACUGGCACU